AUUAGUAAUUUGAAUGCCUUUAAAAUAACUAUAUAUAUAGCAAAAUAAAAAUCAAAGUCAUAGCUAAAAAACCUACAACUUCAAUUGUAAAGCAAAGGAAAACUAGACUACAGCUUCAACAAAUCAAACUCAAUUCACGAAUUUAAAAUCACCAAGUGUGUCUAUAUAUUCAAGUUUGAAUAUCAUCAAGUGUAACAGAAAAAUCUCUUACAUUGAAAAAUAUUAAUUGAUUUAUUUUGACCAAAAUGCCUUUUUCCAACAAUAAUUAUGCUAAUCUAAACAUGAUUUGGAAACCACUAAAAUUACCUUUAAGGAAAAAUAAAUUAAAGAUUACCUUCCAGAACUAGCUAAGAUACCCAUUAAUUGGUUUUAGAUUUGGUAUUUGAAUACAUACGUUCCAAAUCAGGUUCAUAAGACAGUAAUGAUCACAAAAGCAUUUGUUCAAUGUGUAUAUAAAUUAGAUUCACAACACAUCAUAUUCAAUAGCACUAGACCACUAGUACGAUAUAGAGACAAAAUUAUAAUUUUUACUUGCACAAAAGAGUGAAAAUAUAAAAUUAACACAGUAAAAGAAUCAUGAGAUCUGCUACUGUUUUUAUGGUUUCUUGUAUUCUCAUGUUUUUCGUUCGGAUCCAUGUCAAAGAUGUAGAAGCUGGACUGACUCCAAUGGGUAGCCUAUGCGGCCAGAAGGAUAUAUUUACCGGGAGAUGCGGCCGUGAUGGAAGCGAAACGUGCAUAAACGACUUUGUUAAAAAAGGAGGUGAUAGCAAUAGGCCAUAUAGUUGCAAGUGUGAUUACUUUGGCAAAAAACAUAUAUGCCGAUGUAAAGUUCCUUGUUAGCUUUCGUUAUAGGUCUAAAAAUUAAUCUUUGCAACAAUAAAUAGAAGAAAUUAGUUUUAUUGUGGUGUGCAUCUUAAAUGGCUUUGGACGUUAGAAGAAAUUGAUAUAUUCAUAUUUAUUAUGGGUUUCUAACUUAAAA